AGACAAUGAUUUUGACUACCUGGAGUUUCGUCUCUGGAUCGGCCUUUGGUCAGCCUUCCAGUGUCUCAUUCUCGUGGCUACCGAUGCCAGCUUCCUGGUCAAGUACUUCACCCGCUUCACCGAAGAAGGUUUUUCCUCCCUGAUUAGCUUCAUCUUCAUUUACGAUGCUUUCAAGAAGAUGAUCAAGCUGGCCGACCAUUACCCGAUCAACUCCGAGUUCAAGGUGGACUAUAUCACGCAUUACUCUUGUGCCUGUGAACCAUUAGAUCCAGUGAAUAGCUCGUUCAAUAACGGGACAAUGGUGUUGCCAGCCGAUGAGCUGUUCUAUUCCUCUACUGAGACGUACAACACCACCAUUGACUGGUCAUCUCUGACAACGAAGGAGUGCUUGAAAUACGGAGGACGACUUGUGGGCAACAACUGUGACUAUGUCCCUGACAUCACCCUCAUGUCUUUCAUCCUCUUUUUCGGCACUUACACCUGCUCCAUGGCCCUGAAGAAAUUCAAGACCAGUCGCUAUUUUCCAACCACCGCCCGGAAGCUCAUCAGUGACUUUGCCAUUAUCUUGUCCAUUUUGAUUUUCUGUGGAAUAGAUGCCCUGGUAGGUGUGGACACACCAAAGCUCAUUGUGCCAAGUGAAUUCAAGCCAACCAGUCCCGAGAGGGGCUGGUUUAUCCCACCUUUUGGAGGGAACCCGUGGUGGGUGUACAUGGCAGCAGCCAUCCCUGCACUGCUGGUGACUAUCCUCAUCUUCAUGGACCAGCAAAUCACAGCCGUCAUCGUCAACAGGAAGGAGCACAAGCUCAAGAAAGGUGCUGGAUAUCAUCUGGAUUUGUUCUGGGUGGCCAUUCUGAUGAUCAUAUGCUCCUUCAUGGGUCUGCCCUGGUACGUUGCUGCUACCGUCAUCUCCAUUGCUCAUAUUGACAGCUUGAAGAUGGAGACGGAAACUUCAGCCCCUGGAGAACAGCCCAAGUUUUUGGGAGUGAGGGAGCAGAGAGUCACUGGAGUCAUCGUUUUCAUUCUGACCGGUGUGUCUGUCUUUAUGGCUCCCAUCCUCAAGUUCAUUCCCAUGCCUGUGCUCUACGGCGUCUUCCUCUACAUGGGUGUCGCUUCGCUCAAUGGCGUGCAGUUCAUGGAUCGUCUGAAGCUGCUCUUGAUGCCUCUAAAACACCAGCCGGACUUCAUCUACCUGCGCCACGUCCCGCUGCGCAGGGUCCACCUGUUCACCUUCCUGCAGGUGGUGUGCCUGGCCCUCCUCUGGAUCCUCAAGUCGACCGUGGCUGCUAUCAUAUUCCCUGUCAUGAUCCUGGCACUUGUAGCAGUCAGAAAAGCCAUGGACUACCUCUUCUCCCAGCAUGACUUAAGCUUUCUUGACGACGUCAUUCCAGAAAAGGAUAAGAAAAAGAAAGAGGACGAGAAGAAGAAGAAGAAAAAGAAGGGCAGUGUGGACAGUGACAAUGAUGAUUCUGACUGCCCCUACUCAGAAAAAGUCCCAAGUAUUAAAAUACCAAUGGACAUCAUGGAGCAGGAACCUUUCCUAAGUGAUAGCAAACCUGCCGACAGAGAAAAACCACCAACAUUCCUUGAACGCCAUACGUCGUGCUGAUACAAUUCCUUUCCUUCAGUCACGCACCAUGCCAAGCCCUCCACCAACUCCAGUAAAAGUUGUGCCUCAAAUUAGAAUAGAACUUGAGCCUGAAGACAAUGGUUAUCUCUGGAGGAGCAAGGGAACAGAAACGACUUUGUAAUUUGUCUGUUAAAUCUGUUAUGGAAUUUAUUUUGUCACUAGCCAAAUACUGAGAUGCUCCCUGCUCCCCACCUGCGUAGGUAGAGGGGACGUCCCGCGUUGCCC